UUAUUAAACUUUUUCAUCUACAUUUUACAGAGGAAUGAGAAUGUUGCAAUAACUAACGUCAUUAAACUUAAUUGUGACCACUCGAAUUUUCAGGAUUUAUAUUAUAUUUUUUUUUUCGGGUGAUUAAAGUGGAAGAUUAUAUUUUUCAUUUUAUGUAUCCGUGGGUUGGAUAAGCUUUAUUUGAUUAUUUGUUUUGGAUAUUCAUGCAUCAAUUCUACUGAGGCAAGUUAUUGACAAUUGAUAUAAAUGAAGCCAAAAGCAAGUCAAAGAUGCUAGUGGUUACGUAUUCUAGUUUGGAAAUUGGAAUGGGUACUUGAUUAGGAAUUUUUUUUUUUUUUUUGUGUUUGUUUUUAGUGGAAGUAAAGUUUUUAUUAUUAUUAUUAUUAUUAUAUAUACACAUACAUAUAUGGUGUCUGAUAGGUGUAAUGGAAAGAAUGAGAACACUAGGAGAAUUUGUGGUUGGGCUUAAAGAAAAAUGGUUAUGAUGGUGGGGGGCCCCUAGGAGAAUUUUUUGGUCAAAAUUCUUUGGGGUUUGGCUACGCACGUGGCUGAUUUUUUUUGAAGAUAAGUACGGAAAGAAAGGUGGUGGCGGGGUCCACUAUUGAUUUAUUGUCCUAAGCAUUUGAUUUGGUACUUGCAUGCGUGAUGGCAUGAGAUAGUGUGUGUGUGUCAGUGGAAUACGUUUAUAUAACUAGUGUUUUGUGCACUGGGUGAGUGUUCAGAGAAAGAGCAGAGAGAGAAAGUUGGAGAAAAGACAGAGAGGGCCGAGAGCAGAGUAGUUGAUGAUCAGUGAGGAAAAUUAUUUUUAGAUUUUUUAUACUUUGAGUCGCUUGGUCAUUUUAUCUCAUUAUUUUGUGAUUGUUAUUUUUUGCUCAAAUUGUAAUUAUAUGUAUUUUUGUUCAAAAGUAUUGAUAUAUUUUGUGGAACUAAUUUUCAUGAAAGCUCUUGAAAGUCUUGUUAUGAUUUUUUUUACUCGGACUUCUUGUCCCACCACCCUCCACUUUCAGGUACGAAGAUGAACGUGAAUUGUUACUUUCGGACUUAGGUGGAAGAGUUGGCAUUGCGGAUUUAUUUUAAUUAUUUGGAGAUUUUUGUAUAUAUAUUUGAGGAACUGAUUUCUGUAUAAAUCAAGAUUUAAUGAGAUUGAGAAUUUUAUUAGAUUUUUCGAUCGUUACAUUAAUAUUCUAAAAAUUAAUCCGUAACUUCUUUGUCUCUCUUCCCACCAUUCACAGUUUGAAGUCCUCUAGUACUCAACAUGGCUCAGUUGGUGGGUAAUGACGAGAUAGAAUCACCGAGAACAGAGCUAAAAAGUAUCAGUUCCUCAUUUCAGCAUCACACUUCUAGUUUCCGAAGCAGUUCGGAUUUGGGUUCUGUAAUGGGUGAUGAGGUUGAUGAUGAAUGUGCAUUGAAAUGGGCUACCAUUGAGAGAUUACCCACUUUUGAAAGGUUGAGAUCAUCUUUGUUUGACCAUGAAUGUGGUGAAAAUGGGGUUAAAGGAAAAAGGGUUAUUGAUGUUACUAAGCUUGGUGCUCUUGAAUGUCAUUUGUUCAUUGAGAAACUUAUCAAACACAUUGAGAACGACAAUCUUCGCUUGCUGCAUAAAAUCAGAAGAAGAAUGGACAAAGUUGGUGUAAAACUCCCCACCGUGGAGGUGGGAUAUAAGAAUUUACGAGUGGAAGCAGAGUGUGAGGUAGUUCAUGGCAAGCCCCUUCCAACUCUAUGGAAUUCACUCAAAAGCAUGCUUUUUGAUUUUGCUAAGUUGCCUGGGUUAAAGUCACAAGAGGCAAAGAUAACCAUCAUUAAUGAUGUCAGUGGCAUCAUUAAGCCCGGGAGAAUGACUCUACUGCUUGGUCCUCCUGGAUGUGGGAAGACAUCUUUACUGAAAGCACUUUCUGGAAAUCUGAAAAAACCUCUCAAGGUUACAGGGGAAGUUUCUUACAAUGGAUUCAAACUGGAAGAGUUUGCACCCCAGAAAACAUCUGCUUAUAUAAGCCAAUAUGACCAACACAUUGCUGAGAUGACUGUGAGGGAAACACUUGAUUUUUCAGCCUGCUGUCAGGGUGUCGGAAGCCGAGCAGAGAUUAUGUUUGAGCUCACCAGAAGGGAGAAACAGGCAGGCAUUAUUCCAGAUCCAGACAUAGAUACUUAUAUGAAGGCAAUUACUGUUGAAGGACAAAAGACAACUCUUCAGACUGACUACAUUUUAAAAAUUCUUGGACUUGAUAUCUGUGCGGAUACACUGGUUGGAGAUGCCAUGAGAAGAGGUAUCUCCGGCGGCCAGAAGAAACGAUUAACUACAGGGGAAAUGAUUAUUGGUCCAACAAAGGCUUUGUUUUUGGAUGAUAUAUCAAAUGGCUUAGACAGUUCCACCUCAUAUCAGAUUGUUGCUUGCCUCCAACAGUUGGCACAUAUCACAGAUGCUACAAUACUUGUGUCACUUCUUCAGCCGGCACCAGAAACCUUUGAACUCUUUGAUGAUAUUAUCUUGAUGGCAGAAGGGGAGACUGUGUAUCAUGGAUAUCGCAGUCAUGUUUUAGACUUUUUCGAGGAUUGUGGGUUUCGGUGCCCUGAAAGGAAAGGGGUUGCUGACUUCCUCCAGGAGGUUAUUUCAAUGAAAGAUCAAGCACAGUAUUGGCACCGGACUGAACAACUUAAUAGUUAUGUUUCUGUUGAUAUGUUCUCUAGGAAAUUCAAGGAAUCUCCUUCUGGGAAGAAGCUAGAUGAGGAGCUCUCUAAGUCAUUCAUAAAGUCCCAGAGCCAUAACAGUGCCAUUUCUUUUAGCGCGUGUUCUCUUUCUAAGUGGGCACUCUUUAAAGCUUGCAUGUCAAGGGAAUUUCUUCUCAUGAAAAGGGAUUCUUUUCUUUAUGUAUUCAAAUCAAUCCAGCUUGUCAUAAUUGCAUCUAUGAUGAUGACUGUAUUUUUUCGAACUCGGAUGACUAUUGAUGUUGUUCAUGCAAACUAUUUUCUGGGGGCUCUUUUCUUCACUCUCAUGAUUCUUAUAAUUGAUGGAUUUCCAGAAAUGUCCAUCACUAUGGCAAGACUUCCAAUUUUCUACAAACAGAAAGAACUGUACUUCUACCCAGCUUGGGCCUAUGCAAUUCCAGCUUCCAUUCUCAAGGUCCCUCUUUCGUUGUUGGAAGCUCUAGUUUGGACAUCUCUAACUUAUUAUGUAAUUGGAUACAGUCCGGAGGCUGGCAGGUUUUUCCGCCAGUUCAUUCUCCUUUUUGCUGUGCACUUAACAUCAAUGUCCAUGUUCCGUUUCUUGGCAUCAGUAUUCCAGACCGCCGAUGCUUCUACAACAGCUGGUAGUUUAUCAAUAUUAUUUGUCUUACUGUUUGGUGGCUUCAUUAUCCCAGAACCCUCUAUGCCAGUAUGGUUGAAGUGGGGAUUUUGGGUUUCCCCAAUAACGUAUGGUGAGAUAGGCCUUGCUUUAAAUGAAUUUCUUGCUCCAAGAUGGCAAAAGAUGUCGACCACAAACACAACAUUAGGACAAGAAACACUUGAAAGCCGUGGAUUGAACUUCAAUGCAUACUAUUUUUGGAUAUCAGUUGGUGCCUUAUUUGGGUUUGCAAUGAUUUUUAACAUCGGGUUUACCUUGGCCUUAACGUUUUUAAAACCUCCGGGUUCACGUGCUAUUAUUUCAAAUAUAAAGCUCUCCCAGUUACAAGGAAGUGCAGAUUCGACCAAUAGUGCCAAUGUGGAAGAUAACUCCAGUAAUUCUUCACCUAGAGCUAUUAAAGUACCUUGUAAAGGCGGAAUGGUUUUACCUUUUGAACCUUUGACUUUAGUUUUCCAGGAAGUGCAAUACUAUGUUGACACCCCUUCGGAAAUGCCACAAUGGGGUUUCACUGAGAAAAAGCUCCAACUUCUAUGUGAUAUUACAGGUGCAUUUAGGCCUGGUGUUCUAACAGCAAUAAUGGGUGUAAGUGGAGCUGGGAAAACAACUCUUUUGGAUGUUCUUUCUGGAAGAAAAACUAGUGGCACUAUUGAAGGACAAAUUAAAAUUGGAGGAUAUCCUAGGGUUCAGGAAACUUUUGCCAGAAUAUCGGGUUAUUGUGAGCAAACUGACAUACAUUCUCCACAAAUUACUGUAGAAGAAUCAGUUAUAUUUUCUGCUUGGCUGCGUCUGCAUCCUCAUAUUGAUUCAAAAACCAAAUAUGAAUUUGCGACAGAAGUCCUUGAGACCAUUGAGCUUGAUGGAAUCAAAGAUGCCUUGGUGGGCAUACCAGGUGUUAGUGGCCUAUCAACCGAGCAACGUAAGCGGCUCACAAUAGCUGUGGAGCUUGUUGCUAACCCCUCUAUUAUAUUUAUGGAUGAACCUACAUCUGGACUGGAUGCAAGAGCAGCUGCAAUUGUCAUGCGGGUGGUCAAGAAUGUGGUUAAUACAGGAAGAACAGUCGUUUGCACCAUCCACCAACCAAGUGUUGACAUAUUUGAGGCAUUUGAUGAGUUAAUUCUGUUGAAAAAUGGUGGAUGUAUGAUCUACUCUGGACCAUUGGGUCACCAUUCAAGUAGCGCCAUUGAGUAUUUUGAGGGUAUCUCAGGUGUGCCGAAGAUCAGAAAUAAUUACAAUCCAGCAUCAUGGAUAUUAGAGGUCACUUCCGCAUCUGCAGAAGCUGAACUUGGUGUAGAUUUUGCCCAAAUAUACAUGAAAUCUGUUUUAUAUGAGAACAAUAACGAGAUUGUAAAGAGGUUAAGUGCUCCGCCUCCUGGUUCAAAAGAAUUGUCUUUCCCAACCCAGUUUUCACAAAAUGGUUGGGGACAGUUCAAAUCCUGCCUCUGGAAACAGCAUUGGUCUUAUUGGAGAAGUCCUUCAUACAACUUACUGCGUUCCUUGCAUUUACUUAUUGCAUCCUUGCUUUUUGGAAUACUGUUCUGGGAUCAGGGAAGGAAAAUAAAUAACCCACAGAGCUUGUUCGGUAUACUUGGUUCUAUGUUCCUUGCUCUGACUUUCUUGGGUGUAAAUAAUUCCUCGACGGUUUUGCCCUAUGUCUUGACAGAGCGAUCCGUUCUUUUUCGGGAAAGAUUUGCAGGGAUGUACGCUUCAUGGGCUUAUGCACUUGCACAGGUGAUAAUUGAGGUUCCCUAUCUCUUGGCCCAGUCACUUGCAUUUGUGGUCAUCACAUAUCCAAUGAUCGGGUAUUACUGGUCGGCUUAUAAGGUUUUCUGGUACUUCUACACCAUGUUUUGUACAUUGCUUUACUACACUUAUCUUGGAAUGCUGCUCGUUGCAAUAACGCCAAGCUAUCCAGUAGCUGCAGUUUUACAGUCAACUUUCUACACAGUGUUUAUCUUGUUUGCUGGAUUUUUGAUUCCUCAACCGCAAAUCCCCAAGUGGUGGCUCUGGUUGUAUUAUCUAUGCCCUAUGUCUUGGACACUAAAUGGAAUGCUUACUUCCCAGUAUGGGGAUAUAGAGAAAGAGAUUAUGGUGUUCGGAGAAGCCAAAACUGUCGCGGCAUUUUUGAGAGAUUACUUUGGAUUUCACCACGAUCAAUUACCCAUAGUUGCUGUUGUUCUCACUGUAUACCCCAUUAUUCUUGCUCUUCUUUUUGCAUUCUGUAUUGGGAAGCUUAAAUUCGAAAAAAGAUGAAUGUUUUGCAAGGUCAUUUCUUCAUGAUUUCAUUGCUUUUCUAAUCAUUGUGGUUAUGGGUUCAUAACUUUAAUGUUCAUAUGCUAUCUUCUCUGCCAGAUGACUGCAACU